GUCGAAUCUCCACAAAUUCCAAUCUAUCGCGUGAGUUAUACUAAUUUAACUUGGAGCCCUUCUAAAAACCCCCAAUCCACAAAAGCCCUCAAAUCAAAUCCCUCCCAAACCUCCACUGCCUGCCGGACAGUGCGCCAAAGAUUUUUCAUCAUUCGAUUUCGACUCCUCGUUGACCGAUUUUUCUCCCUCUUUCUAGAUUUAUGCACUUUUAAUCUCUCGCGCUUUUCGUUAGGGUUUAAUGAGGAAUUAGGAUUUGGUUUUGGACGAGUGUUCUUUCUGCGUUCAUGGAGGCCGCGCCUGCUGUCCCGACCGGCGCGCGGAAUGGCGGUUUUCCGGCGCCGCCUAUGUCGUCGUCUUCUUCUCAUACCUCUCGCAAGGAGUGGCGCGUCGUCUCCGAGCAAUCGGUUCGGAACUCUGGCGACGAGGGAUUGGAACAUUCUAAGCUAGUUCAGACUGAUGAGAGAUUGAUAUAUGAGGUACAUCGUGGGAGGGAGCCAGUAGAUGUGGAUUUUUGCUCGAUAACCAUUGAUGGAUGUUUGGACAAUGAUAUUAUGCAGCAGAGACUUGGUGCCUUGGCAAAACGAAGGGAGGAGCUGCAGCAGAUGGAGAUUGAGCUUCGUGCACAGCUUAUUAUGAGUUCUGAAGUUGUGCGAAUACAAAAUAAUUUUGAUGCUCAGAUUAAAGAGACUGCAGAUGCCAAUGCCAAACUUCAGGAGCAACUGCAUGAAAAAGAACAGAAGAUACAUGAGUUGGAGAAAAAGCUGGAAGAGAAAGAAAGAGAAUUGCAUGCUAUUAGAUUAGACAAUGAAGCGGCUUGGGCCAAGGAUGACCUUUUGAGGGAACAAAGCCAAGAGCUCCAGAGCUACAGAAGGGAGAGGGAUAGCUCUGAAGCUGAAAGACUGCAACAUAUUAAGCAAAUCCAUGAUCUUCAAGAACAUAUCCAAGAUAAGGAUCGCUUAUUCCUGGAGUUGCAAGAUCAGGCAAUGCCGCCGUUCUUCAAUGAUGUUUUGUUGGAAGAACAACGCUUGUGCUAUGCCCUGCACCACAUAUCUGAAAAUUUGAUGGAAUUAUAUAAAUUGAUUAGAAGCACUAUAGUUUUCAUCCUCAUGCAGCAUAGGAUUGCUCAAGAAACCAUCCUUUUUAAGGAUGAGCAGUUGCGAGAGGCACAAGCCUGGAUUACUCGUGCCCAGGAAAUGGAUGCCUUGCAAUCAACCACCAACCACACUUUACAAGCUGAACUGCGAGAACGCACGGAACACUAUAAUCAGCUUUGGCUUGGUUGCCAAACGCAGUUUGCUGAGAUGGAAAGACUCCAUUUGCUUAUACAACAGCUCCAUCUUGAAUUGGCUGAUCUAAAAGAAAAGGGUGGGAGUAACUUGGAUGGUUCACAUAACUUGCAGAAGAAUGCGAAAACUAUAUCCGAACUUGGAAAGAUCAAUGACAGCAAGCUUGAGGUAAAUGACAAUACUUCACAAAUUGCGGACUCUAGUGACCUGCAAAGUGGAAACUCUGAAAUAGGUUCUGGAGUAAACAUCUCAACUCAGGGCGACCACAGUCAGGUUACAUUUGCUCCUCCAUCUCUACUCGGUGUGCCGACCUACAUUCCAACUGGGCAGAUGGCUGCUUUACAUCCUUUUGUGAUGCACCAACAAGGUCUGCCACUCCCAUCACAAGUAUUGCAAUCUCAAUUUCACACUGUAUCUGCAAUGCCCACUCGAAACUGGCAGGACCAACAACCUCAGCCAAAUGACCAAAAUGAGCCCUCCCAGAACCAGUAUCCUCAGGAAAUUGAACAAAAUGUUUUAAGAACAGACUCUCGGUACAGAUAUGAAACUUCAGUGAAUGGCCAAAUCAUUUCUGCAGACUUUCGGGAUAUGAAAAUCAGCCAAGGUGUAGAUGCCAAUGCUGUGAGCCCUUUAGCAAAUGGAGAGGGACAGGUUUUUGAUAUUUCUGAUAAAACCUUUGACAAAUCCCAGUCCCCACAGAGGUUGCAGCAGAUAUCUUCUCAGUUUCGCGACGUUAUGAACCUGAAUCCUAUUGAACGUGGCAAAGGAGCUGAGGAGGAGAAGCCAGUCAAAUCAGUGACUGACCAGGAAACGGAACACCAGAACAUAAUGUCUGAACAUUCAAAUCUUGCUAUUAAUGUAUCCACAUUCGAAGCAGUGGCUAAUGCUGAAACUGUAAGUGAAGCAACAACAGAUGCUGCCUCGAGUGUAGAUUUGACAGAUUCCACAGUUGCUGCUGGGCAGAAAAAUAACAUCAUAGGAAAGCCCGAGGACAGUUAUCUGAUUGACGAAAGAGCAUUGCUGGCUUCUAUAGCCCGUGCAAUAGGAUCUGGUGGAAGAAUAAGGAUCAGUACAACGCUUCCUAAUCGACUUGCCAAAAUGCUUUCCCCGCUUCACUGGCAUGAUUACAAAAAGAAAUAUGGGAAGCUUGAUGAUUUUGUGGCCAGUCAUCCAGAGUUAUUUUCUAUUGAGGGGGACUAUAUUCAUCUUCGGGAAGGGGCACAACAACUGAUAGCAGCCACAGCAGCUGUUGCUGAAGUUGCUGCAGCAGCUCCAUCUUUUUAUUCAUCCUUCUUUCCUUCUGUGGUGGUCACGCCCAUGGCUCAGUCCCGACAACGACUAAAAAUGGCUAAUUUUCCUGAGCCUGUGGGACCCAACAGAGCAGUAGGAGCUGCAUCAAGUCUAAGAAGAUAGGGUGACAUAUUUUGGAUUGCAUUAAGUCGAUUGCUUUGAACUGAAUUACUGGCAUCCAAAGUGGCAAGCAAAGAAUUGGAGAUGGUUCAUGAAUGAAUGCCGUAAACUCCUAAGUUAUAUAUCUUCUGAGUGCAAUUUAUUUUUCUGAGCCGAGAAUGUAGUUGAUUUAACAACAUUAUUUUCAAUUAAAUUGGAAAAUCUGGAAUUUUUAUUGACACCUGGUGAAUUUGUGAGCAACUGCAUGAUGCUAUGUUUUGGUGCACCGUUUAGCAUUUUUGUCGAUGUUAUUAGAAAAUUGGGCCUUUUUAGGAUUUUUGGUGCAUUUCUAUUAAUUUGCUUUGCUAAUGAUAAAUUGUCUUUUUUCUUUUUUGGGGAACGACAUAGAAUGCUCAUAAAAGCAUUUUUGUCAAUGUUAUUGGAAGAUUGGGGCAUUUUAGGAUUUUUGGUUCGUUUAUAUUAAUUUGCUUUGUUAAUGAUAAUUUUUUUUUUUCUUCU